UCUCCGCUGAGGGGAAAACUGCGCGGGCAGCGAGAGUGACGGGCCGCAGGAGCGCCGCUGCGGCGGGGAGGGGAGGGCACAGCGCGGGUGCGGCCGCAGUGGGACCAAGUCCGGCCCAGAGCACGGUGCAGGCCGCUACCGCUCUGCCUCUCCCGCCGGCAGAGCUGCAGGCCGCAGCAGGCGGCGGCCGGGCGAGCGAGCAUGCGCGGAGCGGCGGCGGGGCGGGAUGGUGCCGGCGCUGGUGGGACGGUGGAGCAGGUGUUGUCCUUCUGGCUUCCUGUGUUCUAUGAGCCGGAGGAUUUCUUCAGAGACUACCUCAAGAUGAUGGCGAAUAUCGUCAUCCUGAACUUGAUCAUUUGUAUCUCUCUGGCUUUCUGGAUCGUGUCCAUAACUGCAAGUACGUACUACGGUACUUUACAGCCCAUUUCUCCAUGGCGCUUGCUUUUUUCGGUCUUGGUUCCACUAGUGAUUGCUACACAGGGUUUUAGGAAGAAGAGUCUAGAUCACAGUGGUGCAUUGGGAGGAUUGGUAGUUGGAUUUAUCCUUACAGUUGCAAAUUACAGUUUCUUCACUUCUUUGCUUGUAUUUUUUGUUACUUCUUCAAAACUUACUAAAUGGAAAAAAGAUAUAAAGAAGCAAAUAGAUUCAGAAUACAAAGAAGGUGGACAGAGGAACUGGGUGCAAGUAGUCUCUAACGGUGGUGUUCCUACUGAGCUGGCUCUCUUAUAUAUGAUAGAAUGUGGACCUGGUGAAAUUCCGAUAGACUUUUCAAAGGAAUACACAGCAUCGUGGAUGUGCUUAUCCCUUUUGGGAGCUUUGGCGUGCUCUGCUGGUGACACAUGGGCUUCAGAGAUUGGUAGUGUUAUGAGUAAAAGCAAGCCAAGGUUGAUAACAACCUGGAAAAAGGUUCCAGUAGGUACUAAUGGAGCAAUUACAUUAGUGGGCCUGGUCUCAAGUUUGCUUGGGGGCAUGGCCGUGGGUAUAGCCUACUUCAUAACACAGCUCAUUUUCGUGACUGAUCUGGAAUUAUCUGCUCCACAAUGGCCCGUUAUUGUGUUUGGUGCAGCAGCUGGCUUACUGGGAUCGAUUGUUGAUUCAUAUUUGGGAGCUACGAUGCAAUACAGCGGUUUUGACGAGAAUAUUGGCAUGGUUGUCAACCACCAAACGAAAGACUCCAAGCACAUAUCUGGAAAACCCAUAUUAGACAACAAUGCAGUAAAUCUUUUUUCUUCUAUAAUCAUAGCUUUGGUGCUUCCAUGUACAGCGUGGUAUUUCUGGCCCAGGCGUUGAAGUGGUUUAAGGUUUUCUGCAUGUGAUUCAUUUACGUUCUGUCUUACUCAAAGACUCCAAAGAGUUGUCUUCAAACUCUCUUGAAGAGAUGGAUGUGGAACUUUCAGAGAGCCAAAAGGCUUUCAAUCUCAACUUAAUAAGGCUGUAAGCCUCAUACAGUGGUUGACAUCUCUCAGGGCAAGGAAGGGGUUUUGUCAGUAUGCUCUUGUUGCUCUUUAAAUGGACGUAGAUCAUCGCCAAGUGAGGUGGAGCACUUCAUUUAUCCUCAUGGAGCAAAAGGGUUGACGUCUGUGUUCUCUCCAGUCCCCAGCACCUGGAAGGGCAAGAGGCUGGAAAUAGAAGUCUCAUCUACAUCCAUCAGUGUAAUGGUGUAUUGUGGCUGCUAUCCAAGCCAGACACAAAGUACACUGCCACUUUCUGUAGGCAGUGGUAACAUGGGUGAAAUGGGUAAAUUCUGGUAUUUCCCAUAAUGUAUGGUACAUAUUUUGGGGGAAGAGGGAGAGAAGGGAGAAGCCUUGUUGCCUGUUCUGUAUCCUGAUAGACAGAAUCUCUGCUUCCUUGAGAACAGGGUUGGCAAAAGUGAUGCCACUACAUAAUGUUUGAAGAAAAAGGCUAAAUUUGAAAUAAAAACUCAGUAGUUUUUCCAGUAAGAAUAAUAAAUUUGGCUGUGCUGUUUUGACAUAUUUAUUUCCAAACUAAUGAUAUUUAUGAAGAUUGUCAAUACUGUGGUACUUACUAAAUUAUCUAAAAUUAGAGAUUACAGUUGUGAAUUCACGUUCAUCUCUUUAGAAACAGAAUAUUUUUUCUGUAAGCAUGGAAUUGUUCAUCAUGUUUAGUGUUCUGACCAAACUAUACUCCUUGAUUCUUUCUCAGCAAUGGAAGCGUUUCCCAUCUUGUUCAGGGUAGUUGUCCGGAGAUGAUGGCCUCAGCCAAAGAAGCUGCAGACGUUAUCCUCGCAGUGAAUGUGGAAAAAUCUCACUUAUAAACCAUUUCAAGAUGGGAAUUUAACUUCUUGUGCUCAGGCUCCUAUGUUAGGUGAUUCCAUCUUCCAUCAUUAAUUUAUAAAAGAGCUGAAAGUAGUUCAGCCAGCACAGAUUGUAUUUAGAGAUACCCUUAUAAUAACCUGUCACUGUCAACAGGUAGGGCCCAUACUGUUAACUUACAAAUUUAUUUUUAUCUUUAGAGGUGAGUAUUUUGUAUUAAGCUUCUGAUUUUUUGACAAAUGUCUUGUAUAUGUUGCCUGUCUUAAUUCACUUGUAUUGUGUGUUAUGUCACCUUUUAUGAGAAUAUUAAAAAAAAUCUAAGUACCUUCCUUGUUGAGUUUACUCUUUUGAAAUCUAGUCUAUAUAAAGAUGGAAUUUAUCACUGGAACUAGUUCACUGUAUUAUCCAGUUAUACAGAUGAGAUUUUAAACUAGCAAAAGCUUUCUGAAAAGAACAAAAGAACAAAUUGUGUGGCUGCUGUAUGUCUGUUCCUAUGGAAAGGUGCAAAAUUAUAAAAGUAAUAUAUCCACUUAAACUGUAACAAUAAGCACUUGAGAUUUUUAUAUGUUGUUUGGAUUUAUGCUGCUUCUAAAUAAACACUGUACUAGUUGUCUUAUAA